UUCUUCGUGUUGACUCCUCCAGGCCACACAAAGCACUAGAGUGCCGAAUAAAAUCACAAAUUUCUAUUGAAUUAAUCACAAGAACCGGUAAAAAAAAUAAUAAAAUAAAAGUUUUUGGUUGAAAGUUUUUUUUUUAAACAGGCGCGCGAUGCCGAAUUUCUGCGCGGCUCUGCACUGUUCCCGGAUGAGCUCGCACUCGGUGCUGGCUUUCUUCAGGUUUCCGCGGGAUCCCGAGAGGUGUAAGAAGUGGGUGGAAAACUGCAGUCGGUCAGAUCUGAGAGAUAAAACACCGGAACAUCUGAACAAGUACCACAGACUGUGUGCCAGACACUUUGAGCCUGAUCUGAUUUUAAAAACAAGCCCGUUCAGGACGGUUCUAAAGGACACGGCGAUACCCACCAUCUUUGACCAUCCCAUCCGUAAACGGACAAAUGAACAGCAGGAAGAAGAGAACGCUCCACAGGCAAAAGUACAGAAAGUUGAGAAUCAGGACAAGAAUGCAGAGAACGCCACGGAGAGCACGAACGGCCAGGAGGCUGUUGAAGGUCUCCUGAACGAAGAAACUCCGGUCUUGGAUAAGGACCGGGAUCAGCGCGAGUAUCUCCGAUCCCUGUUUGAUGUCGUGGUCAUGAUGGGACGGCAGAACAUCCCCCUGCAGGGCCACUCCGAUACAGAGCCGAGGAGCAAAGCGUUCACGCCAAGCAACUUCCAGGCGCUGCUGGAGUUCCGCAUCAACGCCGGCGACGAGGCGCUCCGGAGGAGGUUCGAGACAUCACCUGCUAGUUUGGAGUUCUGCUCGUCCACGCAGCUGCACCAGAUCCUGGAGGUGGGUGAGCGGUGCGUCUCUGAUGAGCUGCUCUCUGAGGUCAAAGAGGCACGCUUUUUCUCUCUGGUCAUGGAAAACGUCGUGGAGCUGGCCGGGGAGAACAGAAUUCCGACCUUCAUCCGCUUCGUGGAUCAGAACAACUGUCUGCGUGAGGAGUUUUUAGGAUUUGUGCUUUUUGAAGGAGACGUGGAAAGCAUCAUUGGAAACCUGUGCGCUGAAAUGGCAGAGAAGAACGGGCUGAGCAUGGAGGACUGCAGAGGGCAGGCGUACUUCAGCACUGGCGUCCACGCGUCCAAAGUGAAAGCCGUCGUCAUGAAACUGAGCGAGCGCUAUCCGUUAGCGGUGCUCACUCCCAGCUCCAGCCACGCCCUGAACAUCAGCCUGGCUAACAGCAUGGACUUCACGAGCGUACAGCUUGUCAUGUCAACCCUGAAGAAGAUCGCCGCUUUCUUCAGCAGGUCUCCUCUUCUGCUGGAUCAGCUGGAGAGCGCCGUGUCCAUUUAUUACCAGGGGAACGAGGAGAAGGCGAGCGUGCUCAAGCAGGUGUGUCGCACCGACUGGACGCAGCAGCACGACGCGUUUGAGGUGGCCGUCGACCUCCUGGAGUCUCUGCUUCUCUGCAUGGACAGCAUCCAUGACAACAUGGAGCUGAAAUGGAGCGACGAGAUUGCACACGAGGCCUUCGUCGUCUCCGAGGCGCUGGCCGACUUCGAGUUCGUGAUGACGCUGGUGGUCUUGAAGAACACGCUCUCAUUUUCCAGGGCGUUUGGGAAAAACCUACAGGGACAAACCAGCGAGGUCUUCUUUGCCGCCAACAGUUUGACAGCUGUCCUGCACUCACUCAACGAGAUCCUCGAGAACAUCGAAGUGUAUCAUGAGUUCUGGUUCGAGGAAGCGGUCAACCUCGCUGCCGCCUUGGAGAUUCCCGUCAAAAUCCCCAGGCUGUUCUUUAGGAAGCAGCGCCCCGACACCGGGGACGAGAUCCAACCCGAGACCUACUACAAGGUCCACCUGACGUUCCCAGUUGUCACUCAGGUCAUCAAGGAGCUGAGCGAGUUCUUCUCUGAGAAUCACCUCAACGCGCUCAGGUCCCUGUCCUUCGUCCCGGCGAUCAUGUCGCAGCUCAAGUUCAACACGGAGGAGAACAGCGCAGACGUCUACAAGAACGACCUUCCCAACCCGGAGACGCUUCCCACCGAGCUCAACUGCUGGAAGAUCAAGUGGAAGCACGGCACCAAGAACGUCACGUUGCCCUCCACCAUCUACGAGACGCUCCAGCUGUCCGACGUCAAGUUUUUCCCCAACGUCUGUGCGCUCCUCAAGGUCCUCCACUGCCUCCCAGUGCUGUCGCUCACGGAGGAGAAGUGCAGCGAGGCGAGGAGGCGUCUGACGGCGUACCUGCGGGACAUGCCCCCCAAACACAGACACAAGAGCCUGGCGCUGUUUAGCAUUAACUGCGCAGUGAAGGUAGACGUGGACCUGAUGGUUGAGGCGUAUCUCACAGCGUAUCCAGACAAAGAGACGACAGAGGAACCUGCGUGAUUCUGUCUCUCUCUCACACACACACACACACACACACACACUAGAAAGAUGAAUUAGAGCUCGAUGUAAUUUUGUUGAUUUGUCUGCUUUGUUUAGCAGAAUGACAGGUGUUGCUAUAGGAACGAGGGUGGCGGUUAAAUUAUGUUUGAUCAGCCAAUCACAACGAUGAUCUUUAUUACAUCACCACUGGGCGUCGGCUUUAAAUGUUUUCUGCUUGAUAUAAUACUUUUUCAAGCUGAUGGCGUGUUUCUGAUUGGCUGAUCAAAUAUCAAUAAAACUCCGCUCACAGUCUCAAUUCUCCUGUACAGACGCACACUUAAUGUUUUUAAAUUUUGUUUCUUUUUGUGUGUACAGUGUGAGAGAUACUGAGGUGCACUGAAAGUGAAUCAGGAGCUAUCAGACUCUUGUGUUACCGUAUGAAGUUGUUUCUUUUCUCAACAGCUUUUUUUUUCUUAACAGGAUAAAAGGAAAUAAAAUUUUACUUUAGACAUAACACGUGUGUGUGCAUGUACGCGCCAUGAAACCAGUGUCACCCCAAAGAAAGUAGAAAUCUGUACACUAGAUUAGAAUUCUCUUAACACCUGAAUGUCUCGUUUAUAUUCUGCUGUAUUUUUGUUGAGAGGAUUUUUUUUUUUUACUAAAAUCACCUGAACGUCUGCAGAGUUAUUGAAGAGUUUAGGUUCAUGUCAUUUUCAUCUGUUCUAAAUUUUUUUUUAUAAAGGUGUUGCAUCACGAACUAAUAAACGAUUUUGAAAUAUAAUAAA